AUGUUUCGCGUCUCGCUACAGCGAUGGCGUAUUACGAUUAUACUCGACGGAGGACAACUGACUUUCGAGAAAAGAAAACUCAAACCAAAAUCUAAAUUACUAUCCAAACUUCCCGCUGUGCCAGCAGUAACCCAUGAAAAUAUCUACACAGUCCCCAACUUGCUAACGUUCUCGCGGCUUCUUGCCGCGCCAGCCGUGGGCUACCUUCUUGUGCACAACCAUCACACUGCUGCAUUGGCCUUAUUUGCCUAUGCCGGCAUCACCGACUUGGUAGAUGGAUACAUUGCUCGACGAUACAACCUGCAAACCGUUGUGGGGACUAUCAUUGACCCGGCAGCUGAUAAACUGUUGAUGACGAUUAGUGUUGUGUGUUUGGGUCUGAAUGGGUCUAUGCCUGCCUGGCUGGCCAUCCUAAUCCUAGGCCGAGAUGUCGGAUUAAGUAUCUCCGCCAUCUACUACCGAUGGAUAUCUCUUCCUCCGCCUAAGACCAUGGCGCGAUACUGGGAUUUUUCGCUGCCCUCUGCCGAGGUCAGGCCAACUACUAUUUCGAAACUGAAUACUGCCUUGCAAUUAUUUCUAGUCGGCGCGUCGAUGGCCCUUCCCGUCCUUCCUGAAGGGUUAGCUAGUGCAUGGGGUUUACAUGAUGGACUCGUGGGAUUGCAGUAUAUCGUCGCUCUCACAACGGUCUCUUCUGCAAUCAGCUACAUGCGCGGCAGCGGUGUCAAAAUUCUAACCAAAUAA